GCUUUUACGUCGUCUCCACCCCUACGUCAUCGAACCCGAAUGGCCAUAGAUUUUCACGCCUGGAAAGAAGCGAUUUCUCAGAUAUCCCUCUCAAAGCUUUACGUCGAUGGGAUCUGUAUUGAUAGGGCUCAUGCAAGGAGAUCCGCGUUGAAAACGGAGGUGGAGGCAGCCCGGAGCGCUGAGAUGAGUCCAGCCCAGAGCCAGCUGUGCCCCGGCAGCCAGUCUCCCAGCUGCCCGUCAACAUCAGGAGGGAGGAUCUGAUGUGAUGAGCGUGAUGGAUGGAUGGAUGGGCUGAACGCUUAGAUUUCACAGAUAUCUGAUGAGUUUGGAGUCAUGUCUGUCUCUACGGUUUUGGCAAAGGCGCUGUAUGACAACACUGCAGAAAGCCCAGAAGAACUGGCUUUUCGGAAAGGCGACAUCUUGAUGGUUCUGGAACAGGAGCACAACGGGCCAGGGUGGUGGCUCUGCUCCUUACAUGGCAAACAGGGUAUUGCUCCCGCCAACCGCCUCAAAGUUUUGCAGACUGCCCCCCCGCCGGGCUCUGAAUCUAGUACCGGACCAAAGGACGACGCUGUGUACCUGUCCCCUAGCCUGCCUUUGGCGCGCACCGUCGCCGGCAGCAGCACGGCCGAUGCGGACGGGGUUUACCUGUCCCCACCCCCCACCGGUGGAGGGGUUGCCACUCGCACCGGAGAGCUACGCAAAGUGGAGGCUGGCCGGCCGCGCUCGCACUCUAGUUCUGGCACCCGCCCCAGACCGGACUGGGAUAUCGGGGCGGCAGGACGACCGAGAUCCCCUUCUCUAAGGGGGCGGGGCUCUGAAAUGUCUGGAACUGUUUACCAGAAACCACUAAGCCCCAUGCCUUCUGCAGCUCUGCAUGCAAGGCAGCCUGGAGUUCUCAUAGCUUCGGAGUCUGUUUACCUUUCCCCCUGCGGACUGCCUAGGGCUACAGAUGAACCAGAGGACACUACGUACCUCGUCCCAAGAGAAAAACAAUCCAACGACUGUUACUUGGUGCCCAAAGGGACACCGCUUGCAACUGACGAGGUUUAUCAGUCUCCGACAGGCGGUGGGGUGACCAGCGCUCUUUCUGCUAAUGGAACCGCUGGGAUCAGUGGAACCCCUCAGCCUAAAGCAAGCAAGGACCAACCUGGAGUGUAUCAAACACCCAGCCCUGUUGGAUCAAACAUGCAACGACCGCCCGCAACUGUCCUGGCCCACCAGCACCCAUCUCCGCUGACCCCCACCCCAGCGUCUCCCCGCCCCCUGCUCAAGGGUGUUCCCCCAAACCCUGCUGCCACCAGGGGCAAACCUGCCACUGCCAGUCACCGGGGAUCCCCUUUGUUAAUCCGAGCAGGGCAGGUUAAGUCUUUAGGGUCGCCAAGCUUUGCCCGCAAACCCCCUCCACCAGCACCACCCGUGAGGGGGGUCACCAGGAAAGACGCACAGCAAACAACGCCUUCAUCGACCGCUUCCAAAUCGAAAACUCAGCAAAUUCCCGCAAGCCCGCAGCAAAAGGAUAAGCAAACCAGAACUUCUCAAAGUAACGGCGAAAAGAAGAGCAACGGCUUGGACAGAAGCAGCGGCGUGCAGAAUCAAGCCGGGGAAAAGCAGGAUUGCUCAGAAGUUGCAGCUGAGCAGGUGUAUGACACCCUUCCCAGUGGCAGGUGGCAGCAGCCGGUCCCAUCUGCUUGCACAGAGGAUGUUGACGGCAUUUAUGACACCCCUCGGAGCGUCCAAUCACAAGUUGACCCCGAGACAGAGGUCUACGAUGUUCCCACAAUCACUCUGAACAAGUCGACCAUCAAUCUUGAGGAAGAUGAAGACGAAGUCUACAGUGUCCCCACACUUCCAGGGAUUCCUCUGGGUCCGGCUGAGUCCACCGGCAGCCUCCCCACUGAGGACAUCACCUGUUAUGUCCCGGGGUCAGAUAAACGAUCCAGCAGCGGAGAGCAGAAAGACUCGUCCGAGCCGGACUGUGGCAUCUACGACAUGCCCGCCCUGACCAUUGAGGUCCUUCCUCAUUCGUCAUCGUCAUCCUCCUCCAUCUCCACUCGCCGCCACUCUGUUUCCAGUAACGGCUCUGGUGAUGUCCAGUGGAAAGCUUCUCUGUCGAACCUUGUCCACUCGCUGCUGAGCGCGGCCUCCUCCCUGUCGUCACGGGACCUGGCUACCUCCCUGGCUGAGAUCCUUUCCACCUGGAAAGCCAGCCAUGCGGGGGACCCUCCCCCACCUCUUCAGCAAGCCUGGGCUCGGCUGUCAGACCUGCUUCCGGCGUUAUCCGCCGUCGGGAACGCUCCACCUGCCGAGGGGCUCCUAUCGCUGGUCCAACGCUCUCUCGAAGAGUGCAGCCUCCUCUUACAGGCUCAAGGGCGACCUCGUCUGUCCUCGCAGGAAUCUCUGUCUCGCAGGCCUCUGCCUGCGCUCCCGGUGGCUGAUGGGAAGUCAUGCUGCGGUGGAAUGGGAUCUCGCAAGGGCAGCUGGAUCCAAGAGCGGCCCCUGCCCCCGACCCCUCAACCCAUGUUCCCCUUGGCUCCCGCUCAGAGCUGCAUCACCCUAACGGUGACCCCGGUUAACGGAGAGGACGACCCCAGUAACGAGUAUGCAGGGAUUGGUUUGACCCCCAUCCCACCCCCGGCACCCACAGGAGACAGUGUUGGAUAUGUCAAACUGCAGGGUAAACCCGAUCUUCCUCCUGAGGUCCUCAACGAGAACGGACAAAGUGGAGAGCCAAGGCUGACUCCGUCGCCUCCUCUGCCGGUGACGCUCUCCCUGGAGGACUCGGAGCUGCUGUCCUUCUACUCCUCCCAGAGCCUGGCGCACCUUUCCUCCCUGGCAGACGCCAUCGAUGUGCUCUACAGCAGCGUGCAGGGGAACCAACCACCUCGCGUCUUCGUCGCCAGGGGAAAGAGCCUCAUUGUCACCGCGCACAAGCUGGUGUUCAUCGGGGACACCCUGUCCCGCCUCUUGACCUCCGCCGACCUCCGGGCCAAGAUCACAACUUCCGGAGGGAGACUCUGCCAAUCGUUGAAGGCGGUCGUCGUGGCAACAAAGGGAGCAGCACAAAACUAUCCGUCAGUGUCUGCCACCCAGGAGAUGGUGGACCGCGUCAAUGAGCUCUCCCAGCAAGCCGCUGGGUUCUCCACUCUGCUGCAGCGUCUGGCUCAAAUAUCUUCUUGAUAUUUCAUGAUGCUCUGAUAGAAACUCUAUAAACACUACAUCUAUAUUUUAGUGUUGAAAUGCCUUAUUUGUCCUCGCACCACUAUAUUUCCAUACCUUUUGUCUGUGAGGGAAACCAUUCCCCCUGCGGCACUCUGCAGCUGUUAUAAUUCAGCUGGGUUUUCAUUAUGUUGGUUUCUCUUUAUAAAGACUUUAUCCCCCUUUUUUAAAAAUUUGCUUUGAUGUCGGAUAUCUUUGUUUUUUUAAGUGUUAAGUUAUUGAAUAUUGAAAUCCCCCUGAGGCUGAAGCAGUCCAUGUGGACCUGUUAUUUUGGGUGCUUUGCUUUAAUAUCCUUGCCAUAUUUCCUUUUCCUUGCACAUGAUGGCUGUUUUUCUUCCUUCCUUUAUUUAUUUAGUAAAGCCCACUCUUCCAAAAAUAGUCCAGAAAGAGGGCCUUUGUGUUCUGUUCUGGCCUCCCUUUGUACAAUGAUACCCGAUGGUCUUUUUUUUUUGUUUAUUCAUUACUCUGAGAGCAUGCUGACUUUAGUAUUUCAAAGGAAAGAUCAAUGAGGGGAUUGCUUUCCAUUUCCAUUAGAGAACAAUUCCCACUCAGCACAUUCUUCAGUUAACCGUUAUGCAGGUUAUUGAAGUAUCUUAAAAACUCACAGUGUUUAGAGAAUGACUAAUGUUGUAUUGAUGAGAAAUUACCUAAUCUUGUUCUUUCCCACAGUGAGGUGGAUUAGAAACCUGUCGACCGAGUUCACCUGUUGCAACACGUUUUGUUUGGAUGUGUCUCUUUGCAUCUUUUUUUUCUUUGUCAUUCAUCUUCAUUUCCCACCAGAUGCCUAACAAUGAUGCGUACUCAUGUGGAAUUAAGCAAAUGUAAAAAAACUAAACAGAAAAAAAACAGACCCUUUUGCAUAGGUGUUAUCUCUCACUUUAGGAUGCACAAAUGUCACACGCCUGACUUUUGAAACGGUCGGCGUAAUGCAUAAUUUACCACGUUGACCCCACUCAGGUAAAAACUGCUUUAUAAAUCACACUACAUCCUCAGAUUAAUGGGAAAAAAACACCCGGCAUGUUUUUGAAUACUAUGUUGUUGCUGGUUACACUAAUCUUGAUCAUCAUGGCUAAUGGGGUCUUUAUGGAGCAACUAUGUUUACUGUUAAAUUUAAGCUACAUAUCGUAUUAAAGUCGGGAGAAAAGGGCUUAAAGUUGGGAUACAGGUUUAAAUUUUUUGUAAAGGAUGUUUUUUUUUUGGUCAUUAAUGUGACUGCUUAGCAAUUUCUGAAGUUUUCAUGUGUUUCUUGGAGGGCUGUUGUUACAUUGUCUUGUCCACCUGCGCCACCUUGUGGUAUAUUGAAGUAUUGCCUUCUCCGGUUUUAUUUUUGAGCAUUAUGAUCGAUAGUUUUUCUUGCUUUAACCCUUUUUGUUCUGGAGUUUCUUGUUUGAACGUCUUUAAUUUCCAAAAAUUUUGCAUAUGCAAAUUCUUCAAUCACAAGACUUGGAUUACAGUGUUUUGCAGUUGUUGGAUAUGUUUUUCUAACAUUUUACAUAGCAAUACACCAAUAUGGCGAUUUUCUUAUCUAAAGGUUUUUUUUUUCAUUGAUAAGAAACACACGUUACUAUGAACACUACAAUUGCUGUAUGUAUUUUGUAUUUCUGCUCAUAAUACAAAAUAGAGUUUUGAAACAAAGCAA